GGAGGUCCUGGAUCAGCUGUAGAGCCUCCUUCCUCCUGUUAAACAGCAGCCAGUUCUAUCGGUGGCGGUAGGGCCAGAGGAGCUCUUCCUAUGAUCAAUUAGACCGGGUGCUUAUCAUAUUCCCGCAGUUUUCAGGCAGCAUGAACUCCCUCCCAGGAAAAGCCGCUUUGUCUCUGUGCAGACGCACAGCGGCGGGCGGGAUGAGGGCGCUGGUCGCCCCUCCGGGUCGCCCCACUGUGGGAGCGCAGGCCGACAGGGCCGCUCUCCAGGCUGUCCGGGUCUGCCACUCUGGGACCAACCAGAAGGGCAGCGUGUACACCAAGAAGCGGGGCUACGACAUCACCAGGAACCCCCACCUGAACAAGGGAAUGGCGUUCACCCUGGAGGAGCGCAUGCAGCUGGGCAUCCACGGCCUCAUCCCGCCCUGCUUCCUCUCSCAGGACGUCCAAGUGCUGCGCGUCAUGAGGAGCUACGAAACCCGCACCAACCCUCUGGACAAGUACAUCGUACUGAUGACUCUGCAGGACAGGAACGAGAAGCUGUUCUACCGGGUGCUGACCUCCGACAUCGAGGAGUUCAUGCCCAUCGUGUACACUCCCACCGUCGGCCUGGCCUGUCAGCAGUAYGGCCUCGCCUUCAGGAGGCCUCGAGGACUCUUCAUCACCAUCCAUGACCGGGGACACAUUGCCACCAUGCUCAACUCCUGGCCUGAAGACAACAUCAAGGCCAUAGUGGUGACAGACGGGGAGCGUAUCCUUGGACUGGGAGACCUGGGCAGCUAUGGGAUGGGAAUUCCUGUUGGGAAGCUGGCUCUCUACACRGCGUGCGGCGGCGUUCCUCCUCAGCAGUGUCUCCCUGUGCUGCUGGACGUCGGCACCGACAACCAGUCACUUCUAGACGAUCCUCUGUACAUCGGCCUGAAGCACAAGCGAAUAAGAGGGAAGGAGUAUGACGAGCUCAUCGACGAGUUCAUGCAGGCAGUGACGGACAAGUACGGGAUGAACUGCCUGAUCCAGUUUGAGGAUUUCGCCAACAGCAACGCCUUUCGUAUCCUUAACAAGUACAGGAAUCGCUACUGCACCUUCAACGACGACAUUCAAGGCACGGCCUCCGUAGCCGUCGCUGGAAUAUUUGCUGCUCUGAAGAUCACAAAGGGCACACUGUUGGACCACACCUUUGUUUUCCAGGGAGCAGGCGAGGCUGCUAUGGGAAUCGCCCACCUACUUAUGAUGGCCAUGGCUAAAGAGGGAGUGUCUAGAGAAGAUGCUGCCAAGAAGAUUUGGAUGGUUGAUUCAAAGGGUCUUAUUGUGAAGGGAAGAGGCAAUCUGAACCACGAGAAGGCUGAGUUUGCUCACGAACACCCACACUUGAAGACUCUGGAGGAGGUGGUGGAAACUAUCAAACCCACCGCCAUUAUUGGUGUGGCUGCGAUCGGAGGAGCGUUCACCGAGAAGAUCAUCAAAGACAUGGCGUCGUUCAACGACAGGCCCAUCAUCUUUGCUCUGAGCAAUCCCACCAGCAAGGCUGAGUGUACUGCAGAGCAGUGCUACAAACUCACAGAGGGCAGAGGCAUCUUUGCCAGCGGGAGUCCAUUUGACAAAGUGACCCUGGCAGAYGGACGCACAUUCUUCCCCGGUCAGGGAAAUAAUGCCUAUGUGUUCCCAGGAGUCGCCCUGGGGGUCAUAGCCUGUGGAGUGCGCCACAUAUCUGAAGACAUUUUCCUCACCACUGCAGAGGUGAAAGAAAAGACGGACUAACUAGAAGCUAAGCAGCUUCUGCUGGGUCUCGUUAUGCUUCAUCAAACCCAGAAUCUCUCCGUUUUCGUUUUCAACUCUGACCCUCUGAUUGAACCUUCAAGUAAAAACCUCACGUCUGAUCAUCGUCCCU